AUGAAAAAAUUAAAUGCUCUUAGUUAUCGAUCUAAAAAAAGGAGAAUUGAUGAAGAGUUACAAUCUCAUUUAAGUAAUUUUUCAAGUUUAGAGUGUUCCUCUACUAUCAAUAACUCUAUUAAUCAUAAUACUGAUAGACAAAUUACUGAAAACUAUCCUGAAAACCUUGUUGUAUCCAACAAUUAUGAUCUGCUACCAGAAAACAAUGUAUCAACUAAUAAUGCUUUUCUUAACAUUCAGGAGCCACCUUUACAACCUGAAAGUUCUGAUGAUCACUUCGACAGUGCAUCUUAUCCAAAUAUCGAUUCAUUGUUGGAUGAUAAUUUGACUUUAAAUACAGAAAAGGCUUUUAAAAAUGAAUUAGCAGAAUGGGCUAUUCAAAAUAAAAUUGCACAUACUGCUUUAAAUAGUCUUUUAUUAAUAUUAAAACAACAUAAAUGUUUUUCAUUCUUGCCUAAGGAUGCUAGAACUAUUUUACACACAAAACCCAUUGAUAUAUGUAAAAUGCGAGAUGUUAAUCCUGGUAAAUAUUACCACUUUGGAAUAGAAAAUGGAAUUAUUCGUUCUUUUUCAAAUUGUGAUGUAAGAGUUCAACGUUUGGAUGAGAUUAAACUUGUUAUUGGUAUUGAUGGGUUACCAAUUUCUAGAAGUAGUUCAAAUCAAUUUUGGCCUAUUUUAGCAUAUAUAAGAUCAAAAUUAAAUACUGUAUUUCCAGUUGGAUUAUACUUUGGUACUGAAAAGCCUAUUGAUAGUAAUGACUUUUUAAAAGACUUUGUGAAUGAAGCAACACAAUUAGUUUCAAAUGGUAUUUUAAUUCAAAAUUGUGCUUAUAAAGUUGUUAUAGAUGUUUUUUGUUGUGACACUCCCGCAAGGUCGUUCGUAUUGAAAACUAAAGGCCAUAAUGGUUUUUUUUCAUGCACAAGAUGUGAAAUUGAAGGAGAGUAUAAAGAGAAUCGAUUAUGUUUUCCUUAUUCUGAUAUUUCAAAUCGAGAAGUUAAAAGAACUCAUGAUAAUUAUCUUAAUCAAACCGACAUAAAUCACCAUUCAUCAGCUACUAGUAUUUCAUCUGUUGUAGAGAUAUCUGGUGUGAAUGUUGUAUCUUCUUUUUCCCUCGAUUAUAUGCACUUGGUAACUCUUGGUGUUAUGAAAAAACUUAUACUGUUAUGGAUGAAAGGGCCUUUAAAUGUUCGAUUACCCUAUUCAAAAAUUAAACAAAUUUCAAAUUUAUUAUUGAGUUACAAAUCUAAAUUUCCUUGUGAGUUUUCUAGGAAGCCCAGAACUUUACAAGAAGUAUUACGCUGGAAAGCCACAGAAUUUCGUUCAUUUCUACUGUAUAUAGGCCCUAUAGUACUGAAAAAUAUUGUGUCCAAAGAUUGUUAUAAAAAUUUUAUGGCACUCAAUAUAGCAAUGAUUAUAUUAUUGUCUCCCAACCUCGGUUCAUUAGUACAAUAUGCUGAUAAUCUACUAAACUAUUUUGUAUUAACAUUUGAACAGAUUUAUGGACAAUAUCUUAUAUCUUCAAACAUUCAUGGUUUAAUUCAUUUAGUAGAUGAUUAUAAACAAUAUGGGCCCCUAGACAAUUGCAGUGCUUUUCCUUUUGAGAACUAUAUGAAAGUUCUCAAAAAUAUGUUAAGACAGCCUAAUAAGCCUUUGGAACAAGUUGUUAAAAGAUUCAGUGAAUGUGAUAACUUUAAUUUAAGUUCAAAUACAAAUAAUCAAAGCAACAACCGUUUAUUAAAAGGACCACAUAAUAAUGGCCCUUUAUUAGUUGGUUGUGUAAAUCCACAAUUUAAUACAUUAGUUUUAGAAAAUUAUAAAUUAAAAGUCAAAAUCGAUGCAGAUUCAUAUUUUGCUUCUAAAACAAAUGACAUUAUAAAAUUGAUUAAUAUUGCUCACUCAAAUGACACUGGUUCAAUAGUUUUAAUUGGAAGAAAAUUUGAAUUAAAAGAACUAUUCUAUGAUGAACCAAUUCAGUCAUCUUAUUUUGGAAUAUACACUGUUAAAAAUUUAUCAAUGAAUAUGAGUACUUGGACUAUCAAUGAUAUCCAAAGGAAAGUGAUGUUAUUAUCAGUGAAUAACAUUAGCAUUGCUAUUCCAUUAUUACAUCAUUCUUAA